UAAACGCUUUUUUAUUAAUUUGUUUAAUAACGUAUAAUUAGGAUUUUGAAUUUGAAGUCUAGUUUUUAUAAGAAAAUUUUGUUGGAACUCUGUCAAGAUUGAAGAAUUGUGGGUCAUUGCUUCAGCCUAUUUCAAUGAGCCAUUCCUAUACAUGAGCAUCUUCACCAUAGAAACCUUCUUCUGAAAAUCGGCAAAAUUAUGAAAAUGAAAAAUUUGACCCUCAAUUUUCUGUGGCUUAAUUUGGAGAGUUCAAUUUUCAUGCUGCUCUAAACUAAUAUUUUCUAUUCUAAGACUUUUGCUUCAAAUGAAUUUAGCCUCACUUCCAGUUUCCAUUAUAAGUAUUAUUUUUUCUUCUUUUCUUGUUUUUGAUCAAAAUAGGAGUUGAUUUCAUUCACGAGUUUCAUAAACCUAUCCAUGUAUUCUUGUGAAUGGAUCUGUUUGAAUUUUUGAGUUCGUCUUGAUUCAGAUGACAGAAAUUGUUGAUUUCAUGGAAUCAUGCGUUGUGGUUCCACGAUUUUUGUAUAUAUAAUAGUGUGAAAGGAAAGAUCUGCAAUGGAAGGCAUUGAUGUCUCAGCAUAUGAGCAUAGCCCUGUGCACAAGGCCAUAGUGUUGAGGGAUCAUAUUGCUCUUGAUGAGUUACUUGGGCGUCUCCCAAAACUACGUAACCCCUUAGAGAUUAAAACUGAGGCUGCUUCAUUAGCGGAGGAAGAAAAGGGUGCAGUGAUCUCUGCUACGGUGGAUAGAAGGGAUGUACCAAACGGUGACACCCCUCUUCACCUUGCUGUGAAACAUGGUGAUUUUAUUGCAACUGAGAUGCUCAUGGAUGCUGGGGCAAACGGUAGGUUGAAGAACAAGGAAGGAUGGACUGCUCUGAGAGCAGCUCUCAUUCACAAACAAGAUAAAAUAGCAAUCGUUAUGAUGAGGUACUAUAUGAGUGACUAUGAGAAAAAGUAUGUUAGAAGGUUGCCUAGGUAUAUAGGGACUUUAAGAAGGAUGAAGGACUUCUACAUGGAGAUUACAUUCCAUUUUGAGAGUUCUGUGAUACCUUUCAUCUCAAGGAUUGCACCUUCAGACACUUACAAGAUUUGGAAAAGGGGUGGCAAUAUGAGGGCAGACAUGACUUUGGCUGGCUUUGAUGGUUUGAAAAUCAAGAGGUCAAAUCAGAGCAUUCUUUUUUUUGGUGAUGGUGAUAAAGAUGAUGAUAGAAAAUUCCCUGGAUCCUUGUUCAAAGUCUCACACAAAGAGAAGGAAGUACUUGUGAUUUCACCCAGCAUAGCUGCUCCUUCUGAGAAAGAGGUUAAGAAGAAAUUGAAUCAGAAGUAUAGGACUGACUCAUGUAGGAUUGGGAUUGAUGUGAGUGAGGCACUUCUUGUUCCCCAGGUAACUUGGAGGAAAAAGGAGAGGAAAGAAAUGGUGGGGCCAUGGAAAGCCAAGGUGUAUGACAUGCACAAUGUGAUUCUCAGUGUGAAAUCCAAAAGUAUCCCUGGAGCUCCACCACCUGAGGCCAGACAAAGGAAGAAGAAGGAUAGUGAAAAAAUUGAUGACAUUUUGACAGAUGACGAAAAGAAGCAAUUGGAAGCUGCAAUUAAUUCAACAGAUGAAAAUGGUCCAUGUGAAAAAGGUAACCGUGUGAAGAAGGAAAAGAAGGAAAAGAAGGAAAAGAAAGAAAAGAAAGAAAAGUCUGGUGGACAUAGAGACCACAAGGACAAAACCACAAAUGCAAACCAUGAGAACUUUACUUCCAAAAAUGGUGAAAACCAGUACACAAGAGGGAUGAUGCCUUCUCUUUGGCUUUCCCAAAACUUUCCACUAACAAUUGAUGAAUUGCUACCUAUGCUUGACGUUCUUGCUGAGAGACUUAAAGCAGUUCGUCGGUUAAGAGAACUCCUUACAACAAAACUUCCAAAGGAGUCCUUUCCAGUCAGGUUGACUUGGAGGUGGCAGGAGAAAACAAAAAUGGUAGGCCCUUGGAAAGCUAAGGUAUAUGAUAUGCACAAUGUGGUUGUGAGCAUAAAGUCUAGAGGAGUCCCUAGAGCUAUGACAGAUGAUGAGCUCUUCUCAUCUUGCAAUGAAAAUGAAACUGAGAGUGAAGAAUUCAAUGAUAUAUUGACUGAGGAGGAAAGAAGGCAUUUGAAAGAUGCGCAUUGGCUGGAUUCGGCAGACAUGACCAAUGAAAGUGACCAAAGAACUCUUGCCAUUGCUGCAAACAACGUUAAAGCAAUUCGCAGAUUAAGAGAACUCCUUUCAACUAAACUUCCAAUGGGAACCUUCCCUGUUAAGUUAUCCAUCCCUGUGGUGUCCACCGUUAGAGUAUUGGUGACUUUCACAAAGUUUGAAGAAUUACAACAAGAAAAUGUAGAUGAGUUUGAAUCAGCCCCAUCAAGUCCUACUGGUGACCAAAAGAACCUAGAAGAGGAAGAAAAUUCCUCCUCCUCUUCAUCAUCAUCAUGGUUUCAGUGGAUAAAGGCCCCUUCAAGAUCUAAUUCAUCUAGUUUGGAAUCUAGUAGUAGGGUAUUUGAUGAACAGGAUCUGUUUGCUAUUCCCUCAGAUUAUAAAUGGUUUACUGAAGAAGAAAAGGCAAAACAGAAAAGAGCUAGGAAAAGUAAAAUGGAUGGAAGCAAGUAGUAACAAAAGUUACAAAGAUUUCAAGUAGGAACUUCACAUGGUUGAACAAAAAUAUAGGAAAACUUUUAACGUAAAGAUGAGAUGCUUUCAAAAGAACAAGCAAUAGCUAGACUCACUUCGCAUGUGACUGACAAAGAUCAGCAUUUGUUAGAACUCCUUAUUUUUAUGACAUCUGAUAUGGAUUAUGUGGCAAUUGCAAGUGGAGAUAAACAUAACAUAAAUUGAACCAAGGCGCAGUAAACUGAGAGACGCAAAACUUGGAAGUUAUUCAUCCAAAAU